AGUACAGUACUUUAUCGCAAAAAAACGGACAUUCAAAAUUCGACUUUUGGCAAUUCGACUUUUUUCGCAUUCGACUUUUCUGCAAUGGUACAGAUGCUGCAAUUCGCCCAAAGCAUAUUCAAUUCAAGUUUGGAAAUUCGCCUGCAGUGCUUUUCGACCGCAAAUUCGACUAUUUCAGUCCGCCUCAGUUGACUGGCGGGAUCUAAAAAAAAAAUUUUAGUACAUGAUUUUUUUUGAUAUUUGAGGAUUGCUAGUAGCAUAUCUAUUUAUAUUUGAAAGGAUUAUCUACUUGGUUUGUCUUUUUUUGCUUCACAAGUAUUAUUUAAUUGAUUUUUUAAAGGAAUAUUUUUUUCUUCAAUCUCCUGAGGGAAAUUUACCCAUGAUUCCACAGUUUUACCCAGGAUACACUUCUGCAAAGCCCCUCCUAUCUCCUCACUCCCAGGUUUGAGACUACAGGGAGAAGGAGCCAUUUUACAGUCAGCUCUGUGGAAUCGUUUUUUUAGGAAAAUUCCUGCGUUUUAAAACACAUUCCUAUUUUUGUACUGACUACAAUGAUGGAGCCUUUUUCUGACCAGAUUGUGAUGUUCAUGCUGGCUGCAAGCAUGAUGGAGGAAGAAAGUGCUGAUGAACAUCAGGAUCCAGGUCAGCAAAUGUCUGCAUUGGGUGAGCCAGUAUUGCGGGUUUCAUUUCCACGUCCACGCCAGUAUCGCACUAGGCGUGAACUGGAGGAUCUCAGCGAGUUCGAGGUGAUACAAAAUUAUCGCUUAUCGACUCGCGACAUAUAUUCGCUGUUCGCUCUGUUGGAGGCCGACUUGGAACCUCGGGCACGGACAAAUCGUGCAAUCAGCGGUUUUCAGAAACUGCUGGGGACGUUACAUUUUUUGGCGUCAGGCACAUUCCAGCCUACACUGUCUCAAACAUGCGGUUUUUCACAGUCGACACUGUCGCGCUGUAUAACCCAGGUCAUUAGGGCUUUCCGCAAAUUGACGAUCCAGUACAUUACAUUUCCAGAGACGGACAGCGAAUGUCGUGAGAUCAAAUUAGGCUUUUUCAACAAAUACAAAUUUCCCAAUGUGCUGGGCGCGAUUGACUGUACCCACGUGCAGAUCAGACCGCCACGGAAUUCAGAGGAAUGUUUUCGGAACCGAAAACAGUUCCAUUCCCUGAACGUGCAAGCGGUCUGUGAUGUAAACAUGAGAUUUUUGAACAUUUUUGUUGGAUUUCCUGGAUCAUCUCACGACUCCUUCAUCCUAAGCCAGUCAUCGCUGUUUGACAAGUUCGAAACAGGAAACAUGCCUGGUGGCUGGCUGUUAGGCGAUGCGGGUUAUCCAAACAAACCGUGGCUGUUGACCCCAUUGUCUAAUCCUGUUGGUAGAGCAGAAAAACGUUACCAAGAGACACACAUUGCAUCGAGGCAAAUAAUUGAACGUGCCUUCGGUGUACUUAAAAGCCGGUUUCGAUGUUUAGACACUUCUGGCGGUGCUCUUUUGUACUCACCGUCGAAGGUUUGCGGCAUGGUAAAUGUGCAUGUUGUAUUUUACACAACAUAUGUGUCGCAAACCGUUUGCCGGUGACUCUUCGUCGUAGUGCUUUCCGACGCAGGAACCGGUCUUCUGCUCUACCGGUGGGUAUGGGCGAAGGAGAGGAUUCCCGGCGGACAUUGAUCCAAAAUUAUUUUGCAGUUGCCUGUGAGUAUACUGACAACAUUUGUAUUAUCGUGUAAACUGACAUUGGAAUAUUUUUUAAAAAACCUCUUCAUUUAUCUAUUUCAGAGUUUUACAUCCUGUUGAUGUAUAUCCCCAGGCCCGUUUGUACAGUUCGUUCCCCCCUGUUUUAUCCUGUUGGGUUACCGCAAAUAUUUGACCCUUUUAUCCAACUCUACCAUGGGCGACCUACUGGAGAUGUGGACCUGACCCUCCGCCAUGUAGCAGACAACCCCCUCAGGUGAGAUGUAUUGACCAAGACUCCCUUGUCCAAAAUCACCCCGGCAUGUCCAAAGUGCAGCCCUCCGGCAUUUGCAAGACUGCACAUCCAAACAUUCCCUCCUGAUACACCAAUGCUUGUCAGGGAAUGUUUGGAUGUGUAGUGACGCGAGUGGCGGAGGGUUGCAUUUGGACCCACU